AUGACUACAAACGUCGUUCUAGAAACCUCAAUGGGCAACAUCACCCUCGAGCUCUACACAACCCACGCCCCCAAGACCUGCAAGAACUUUGCCACCCUCGUCACUCGCGGCUACUACGCAUCCACAAUCUUCCACCGCGUCAUCCCCGACUUCAUGGUCCAGGGCGGCGACCCCACGGGCACCGGCCGCGGCGGCUCCUCCAUCUACGGCGACAAGUUCGAGGACGAAAUCGACCCGGCCCUCAAGCACGCCGGCGCGGGCAUCCUCAGCAUGGCAAACGCCGGCCCCAACACAAACGGCUCCCAGUUCUUCAUCACGCUCGCCCCUACGCCCUGGCUCGAUGGCAAGCACACCAUCUUUGGCAGGGUCAAGAACGGUCUUGGCGUGGUGAAGCGCAUGGGCAUGGUGCCCACGGGGCCAGAGGAUAGGCCUGUUGAGGAGGUUAAAAUUUUCAAGGCGUGGGUGGUGGAUAAUGAAGAACAGCUUUGA